AUGCACGUGCUUGCAGAGGACAAGGGAGAAAAUGAUUUACGCGCCUUCAUUUUCCGGGCCCUUUUCUGUGCGACAGCCCGUGCGGAGCUCGCGCGGUACGAGGCUCGCCCUCGGCGGAGCAGGGUUCGCUCAGCUUUGCUCACGGACGGGAGUGAGCGCUGCCGAGUUCCCCCAGUCGCAUCCCGCCCGGGCACUUGUCCCACUCGCACCCUGUCCGCCCGUGUUAACUUCUGCGCAGCUCCCCUUGCAGACUUUCCCACCCGUGAGGGGCAGGCUCCGGUCGUCGUCCUGGGGACUAACAGCGCCCGCCUUCAGCAGUUGUCAAGUGGGAAUCCUGUAUAUGAAAAAUACUAUAGACAGGUUGAUACAGGCAAUACUGGAAGGGUGUUAGCUUCAGAUGCUGCUGCAUUCCUGAAAAAAUCAGGGCUUCCAGCCUUGAUUCUGGGAAAGAUUUGGGAUUUAGCUGAUACAGAUGGCAAAGGUGUCCUGAGCAAACAAGAAUUCUUUAUUGCUUUGCGACUUGUGGCAUGUGCCCAGAACGGACUGGAAGUUUCCCUGAGCAGCUUGAAUCUGGCUGUUCCUCCACCAAGAUUUCAUGACUCCAGUAGUCCUUUGCUGACCAGUGGGACUUCAGCAGCUGAGCUCCCUUGGGCUGUAAAGUCUGAAGACAAAGCCAAAUAUGAUGUAAUUUUUGAUAGUUUAAGCCCAGUGGAUGGAUUUUUGUCUGGUGAUAAAGUGAAACCAGUAUUGCUCAACUCUAAGUUACCUGUGGAAAUCCUUGGAAGAGUUUGGGAGUUGAGCGAUAUUGACCAUGAUGGAAAGCUUGACAGAGAUGAAUUUGCAGUUGCCAUGUUUUUGGUAUACUGUGCACUGGAGAAAGAACCUGUGCCAAUGUCCUUGCCUCCAGCCUUGGUGCCACCUUCUAAGAGAAAAACGUGGGUUGUAUCCCCUGCAGAAAAGGCUAAAUAUGAUGAAAUCUUCCUGAAAACGGAUAAGGAUAUGGAUGGAUAUGUGUCUGGUCAAGAAGUCCGUGAAACCUUCCUGAAAACAGGUUUACCUUCUGCCUUACUAGCCCACAUCUGGGCACUGUGUGACACAAAGAACUGUGGGAAGCUUUCAAAAGACCAGUUUGCCUUGGCUUUUCACUUAAUCAAUCAAAAGUUAAUAAAGGGCAUUGAUCCUCCGCAUAUUCUCUCUCCGGAGAUGAUUCCACCAUCAGACAGGUCAAGUUUACAAAAGACCAUCAUAGGAUCAAGUCCUGUUGCAGAUUUCUCUGCUAUUAAGGAACUAGAUACUCUUAACAAUGAAAUAGUUGACCUCCAGAGGUAUGUAAAGUAA